CAGUACGAGGUCUCACUCCGAGGUUUUUUCCCGUGUGGUCUGAGCGACUGACCAGUGGUUAACGGAGGCAGGCUCCGAGUGGCUGCUCGCCGCGGCGCAGACGAUCUGUGUGUGUCCGGGUGGGGCAGCAGUUUGAACUCUAACUUCAACGCUUCGUCUCUUUAUGGAGGAUUUGUCCGGCUCCUCUGAGGCUGCACCGCGAACACGUCAGCGGGCUUGAGUGACAGCUUGAGAGUUUGAAGUCGUCAGUGUGAGUUGUGAGCUGCUGGACCAGCGUAGACCAGAGUCAUGGCCUCUGGAAAGAACAAGAACCAGACGUCCCUGGUUCUGCACAAGGUGAUCAUGGUGGGCAGCGGCGGCGUGGGGAAGUCCGCCCUCACCCUGCAGUUCAUGUACGACGAGUUUGUGGAGGACUACGAGCCCACGAAGGCCGACAGCUACAGGAAGAAGGUGGUGCUGGACGGCGAGGACGUGCAGAUCGACAUCCUGGACACGGCGGGACAGGAGGACUACGCCGCCAUCAGGGACAACUACUUCCGCAGCGGAGAGGGUUUCCUGCUGCUGUUCUCCAUCACGGAGCACGAGUCCUUCACCGCCACGUCCGAGUUCAGGGAGCAGAUCCUGCGGGUGAAGGAGGAGGAGGCCAUCCCGCUGCUCCUGGUGGGGAACAAGUCCGACCUGGAGGAGCGGCGCCAGGUCUCUGCCGACGAGGCCACGGCGAAGGCCAGCGAGUGGGGGGUGCAGUACGUGGAGACUUCGGCCAAGACGAGAGCCAACGUGGACAAGGUUUUCUUUGACCUCAUGCGGGAAGUUCGCAAGAAGAAAAUGGCGGAGAGCAAAGACAAGAACGGGCCGAGUGGCAAGAAGAAGAAGAAGCGCUGCUGCAUCCUCUAACCUCCAGGAGCCAAAGAGCCCAACGGUCCCACCGGCCCCGAGCAGCGGCUCCACGUCGGCUCCACGUCGGCUCUAGAUCUCUGGAUGCUCGUCUGCUGCUUUAUUUUUACUACAUCAAAAUCUAUUUUCUCCAAAUGUGUAAAGUCCAAACUAAACGAAGCGCCAGUGACGAGUUCACGUUUCACUUUCCCCCGGAGGAUUCUCACUUCCUCUGUCACGUCUGAUGUGAAGCUGCUGCUUCCUCUUUCCUCGACUCGUCAAAAGGGCCAAAAGUAUGUAGACGCACUCUUCUCCAGUUUUCUCACAGUCCAGUUGGUCCCCGAGGUUUUGAGGUUUUGAGGUCGAGGGCCGAGCGAAGCUUCCUCCUGGGAAACGUCUGUUGGAGGAGCUGCUGUGUGCACGAGGCCGGCGACAAACUAACACAGACCCAAUCACCAGAGGUCGUCUAGUCUUCAUUCAGAGGCUUGAACGUUUCCACGUGGUCGACGCAGCGUUUAGUGUGUUGACGUCUCGUCGGGAAAUAAGUGAAUCAUCUAAUAGUUCAACAGAGUAAAGAAAAGAACCUCAUGAGUCAAUAAAUAGAGAAAUACAAAUAUCACAGCAUUGUGUUGUUGUGUUGUUGUGUUCAUCUCCUCAUCUUUUCUCUGCUGUCGACAACCAGGUGACACACGAGACGUGUCCACAUACUUUUGGCCACGUUGUGUUAUUUUCCUGCAGAAACAAACAAUCACAGAACGUAAAGUCCAGGAACCGUUUGUUUCUCUCGACGCAGGAGAACAGAUCCUGGUGAUGAUGAUGAAAGAGAUUUGUGCCUUAACCUGUUUCCUGUCCUUUAAUUCUUCUUCACCUUCUUCUUUGUCCGUCAGAAGCCAAACUGUUUGACUCUUUCUUUUCUCACGUUCCUGAUGCGAGCGACACUCCGUUUGUAUGAAACUUUAUCGUCCACUCCCUGACGAACACCAGUGUAAUUUAUAAUCAAAGGGAUUCUUCUGUUCCAAUCACUUCCUGUUGUAUUUGUGACGCCUGUGGUUUGAAGGGACGCUGUGUGUGUUUGUGUUGGUGUGUGUGUUGGUGAGACCACAUUUCAUUUGAUAAUAAAAGAAAAGACGCAAUGAUCA